CAUAUCGUGCCCGACACAAAAAUUACUCAAAAAAAAGUCCUCUUCCAUUCCUCCUCCUCCCCUCAACACUGUGUAAUUCUAAAGUCUCCUUUAUAAACCUUCAUUCCCAAGCUCUCUCUUCUAUCUUUUUUUAAAUUAAAAAAAAAAAAACUCUCUCUCUCAUAUACACACAGAAUUUCAUUUUCAGUCUCUGUCAAAGCCAACCGAUCCAAACUCUCUGAACCUCUUAUCUUUCUCUCUCCGUGUGUGUAAAUAAUGCCAUAAACGCCAUUCAAUUCCGAGUCGGAGAUCAGAGACUGGAACAGAGUGCACACAGAGUGCGAGCGGAGUUAAAAUUCAAAGGAAUUGAUUUUGGUUAUAGUGACUGUCUUUGAAUGGGGGCCGUGCCGUCAACACCUCGCGGCAGCGGUAGCAGCGAGCGUCCGCCAGACACGGCGGAGUACCUCAUCGGAACCUUCGUCGCCGAGAAAUCCUUCCCUAUCUCCUCCGAUUUCUGGAACAAACUCCUCCAGCUCCCUCUCAAUCUUCACUGGCCCUCUCACCGUGUCAACCACGCUUGCCAACUCUUCGCACAAAACAAUUCAUACACAAGGCAUCUUGCAAAGAUUUUGAUCCACCUCUCAUGGUGUUUACAAGAGUGUAUAUCGACAUCUGAUGCUUCCAAUGAUGUAUAUGACAAGGCUGUGAAUGCCAUCUACAUCUCCUCGGUUUUCUUAAAAUACUUAAUCGAAAAUGCGAAAGAAGGCAACCUUGAGGAGUUGUAUUUGUCUCUAGAUGAAAACGAACCUAUUCCAAAGGAUUUUGUCCUAGAUGAAAACAUUGAGAAUCUGGUUAUGCAUAGUAUGCUUAGCUUUAUCAGCUCAGUGGAUGUGAGUUCCAAGACUUACCUCCUACAUUUGGAGCUGCUUAAUUUCAUGCUGAUUGCAAUGUCGACUCAGCUUCUUUGUGGGCCAUCUCCAGGACCAAAAGAUGUGAACCCAUUCAUUGAUGCAGCAAUGGUUCAGGAAAGCUCUUUGGUUAGUUUGGUUGUGCGGAAACUGCUGCUCAAUUACAUCACACGACCUGGUGUCCCCUUAGGAAGUGCAUCUUAUUCCAUAUUUUCUGAAGGAAGUCAACCUAGUGUUCUGCAAAGAGUUGGUUCUGCAGCUGCAAAUAUUGUCUUGUUGCCAUUCAGUUAUUUGGUCAGCUCAAGUGGUGGAGGCUCAAGAAGUCCACUGUCAGACUGCAGUCUCCUUGUGCUUCUUGUUCUCAUUCAUUUUCAUAAAUGUGUUGUGAACAAUGAGUCCAUGACAGAUAGAAGUAUUGAUAAUGCUACUUCAGAUUCUCUUCUGAAAGAAAAUACAUAUUUUUCUGACAACCCUUACUGCAAGGCCUUGCAAAAUGCAACAGAUUUUGAAUUUGACCGUAUAGAUGUUGAGGGGAAUGCACAUAGUGGUCCGCUUGUGAGGUUACCUUUUGCUGCUCUGUUCGAUACUCUUGGCAUGUGCUUGGCUGAUGAGUCUGCUGUCCUAUUGCUUUAUUCAUUGCUGCAGGGAAACUCUAACUUUUUGGAGUAUGUUUUGGUGCGAACUGAUUUGGAUACAUUGUUGAUGCCCAUUUUGGAAGCUUUAUAUAAUGCUCCUAGGAGGUCAGCUAAUCAAAUCUACAUGUUGCUGAUUAUACUUCUGAUACUAAGCCAGGAUUCUUCCUUCAAUGCAAGCAUUCAUAAGAUGAUACUGCCUGGUGUUCCAUGGUACAAAGAACGCCUCCUUCAUCAGACAUCCCUCGGUUCCCUGAUGGUCAUUAUUCUCAUAAGGACUGUGCAAUAUAAUCUGUCUAAGUUACGGGAUGUUUAUCUCCACACAACUUGUUUGGCAACAUUGGCAAACAUGGCACCUCAUGUCCACCGUUUAAGUGCAUAUGCAUCACAGAGGCUGGUCAGCCUUUUCUUUAUGCUCUCACGCAAGUAUAACAAAUUGGCAGAGCUAAGAGAGAACAAGGUGCAACUAGCCAAAAGCAACUCAAUAGAAGGAAACAGUCUCUCAGACGAUGUGUCAACUGAGUUGCAUAUAUACACCGACUUCCUGAGACUUGUUCUUGAAAUUUUAAAUGCAAUUCUGUCAUAUGCCUUGCCACGGAAUCCUGAGGUUGUAUAUGCAAUAAUGCAUAGGCAGGAGGUCUUUCAGCCAUUCAAGAAUCAUCCACGCUUCAAUGAACUGCUUGAAAACAUUUAUACUGUAUUAGAUUUUUUUAAUAGUCGCAUGGAUGCCCAAAGAAUGGAUGGUGAAUGGUCGGUAGAGAAAGUACUACAAGUCAUUAUUAUUAACUGCCGAUCUUGGCGGGGUGAUGGGUUGAAGAUGUUUACGCAAUUACGCUUCACUUAUGAACAAGAGUCUCAUCCUGAAGAGUUCUUUAUUCCAUAUGUGUGGCAGCUAGUCUUAUCCCGAUGUGGAUUCAGCUUCAAUUCAGGAGCCAUAAAUUUGUUUCCAAUUGAUCCACCUGUAGAAAAACAAGACACGGAUGGAGGGGUAACCCAUAAGCACCACAAUGGUGACUUGAACAUGCAUGGACUUCUCCUUGAUCCAUGAUGGGUGCAGCGCAUAAUGUUACAACUAGAGAGAUCUAUGUUCUUGGUGCAUAUGUAAAUAUAUGAAAGAGUAAAUGUAUUCUUCUAAUUCUUUCUGUUCAUAUGUUUGCUACACUGUAGAGUCCUUCCCAUACAUAAACUUGAAAUAUUCAAUGUAAUGAAUAAGAGACGAUGCUCAAUUCCAUUUUUAUGCCAUAAUUUUC